CAAUGUUCUCGUGACGGGCGGUGAAUGUAUAUAGAGCUUUCCGCUCCCCUAUGCUCAAUUGACUCUGACUUUCAUUGUCGUCUCUUCUGUUCUUGUGUGUGUGAUUGCUGUGAUACCCUCUUGAUACCCAGCCUCGAGCUACCCCACCAUAGAUCACUCAUACCAGAACGACAACACCACUUACAAUGUCCCAACCACUCAAGGGCAAGCUUGCCAUUGUUUCCGGCUCUUCUAGAGGCAUCGGCGCCGCCAUCGCCGAGAACCUCGCCUCCAAAGGCUGCAACCUCAUCCUCAACUACACCACCCCCUCCUCCGCCUCCCUAGCCUCCGAGCUGUCCGACCGUCUCAACAAGACCUACUCCAUCUCCUCCGUGCCCGUCCAAGCCGACAUUGGCACUCCCGAAGGCCCCCAAGCCAUCAUCACCGCCGCCACGUCCGCCUUCUCCAAGGCCGAUGGCUCCCUCCAGAUCGACAUCAUCAUCAACAACGCCGGCAUCGCCCGCAACGACCUGAUUCCCAACGUCAAGGUGGACGACUUUACGGAAACCUACCGUGUCAAUGUCCUAGGCCCCUUGCUGCUCGUCCAGACUGCCCAGCCUUACCUCCCCAAGGACCGCUCUGGCCGCAUCGUCAAUAUCUCCUCCGUCUCCUCCUCCACUGGCUUCAUAGGCCAGUCCGUCUACGGCGGCUCCAAGGCGGCCAUCGAAGCCAUGACCCGUACCUGGAGCCGCGAGCUGGCUGAGAACUGUACAGUCAACGCUGUCAACCCAGGCCCGGUCGAGGGACCCAUGUAUGCAUCCAACUCGGAGGAGUUUCUGGAGGGCAUCGAGGGGUGGAUCAAGCACACGCCGCUGAUGAAGGCGCGGGAGGAUCUGCAUGGCAAGGAGGCCGUGGAGGAGGCGAAGCAGUGGCAUGGCAGGCUGGCGAAGACGGGGGAGAUUGCGGGGGUGGUGGGCAUGUUGUGUGGUGAGGAGGCGGGGUGGUGUACGGGACAAGUUGUUUGUGCUAAUGGGGGGAUGUUGAUGUUGCAUUAAGUGUAUUCUCGAGGAAGAUGAACUUAGUAGGGUUAUGAAGGGGGCUGUUGCCCAGACCUUGAAUGAUUGAUAGCCUAUGCAUAGAGUCAAUAUUCAGCAUUUUAUGAUCAAGUAA